AUGCGCACACCAUCCCGACUCGCCGCUGCCGCAGCGGGCGUCCUGGCUGUCGCCACUCUCACUACCGCCGAAGCUCCGACCACAGGCGAUAUCUACCAGGGCUACCCAGUGCUCGACCUCUCUUCGCCGCUUGAUCUCUCCUCUGUGCCCGCAAACACUAUCUCGCGCUACUAUAUCAAUGCUGCUACCGGCCAAGGCAACAUUCCCUACUACCUACCGGUCCUGAUCGCCCGUGGCAGCAACUCCAGCCUGGACUCGGGCAAGAAGUUGUCCCUCUCCUCAAGCAUUCACGGCGACGAACUCAACGGCAUUCCUGUCGUCCACCGCGUCUUCAGCUACCUCAACUCCAGCGGCGUCGUUGCAUCGGGAGACUUCAAUGGCACAGUCAUUGGGCUGCCACAGCAGAACCCGAAUGGCAAUUUUCACAACGCGCGGCAGCUCUGGAGCCCGGGAAACAGUGGAACGUAUGUCAACUUGAACCGGAUUCUGCCCGGUAUCGACCCCUUUGGCGAGUCAGCGGCGGAGGAAGUCCCCAGCAUCACGGACGCACACGUUGGAAGCGUGUGGUAUGGCCUCUGGGGCAAUACGUCCAACGUAGACGUCGCGGUUGACCUGCACACCCUCUCCAGCGGCGCGAAUGGUCCGAUAUGGGCGUAUGCAGACUACCGCGCCGAGUAUGUCCAACGCCUCGCUGAGCUAGCGCAGCCAGACAUCAUCAAGAUCGACCCUGGCGAGCCUGGAUCUGUGGAGACGACAUUCGUCGACUACGGCAUCCCCGCCAUCACGCUGGAGAUCGGCCCCGCGAAGCGCUGGAACAAUGAUCUGAUUGACCGGGCCGAGGAGUUCGUGUAUCGCCUGAUGGCGGAUCUGAGUAUCCUCCCGAACAGCACGGCGCCAGAAAUCGAUCUGAGUGAGACGUACAAGGGGACGAACUUCAGUAGUGUGGUUGUGUCGCAGACGGGGUGGGUGAACAUGACGGUGUCGGUGUUGGAUGAUGUGGAGGAGGGCCAGCAGUUGGCUGUUGUGUACGAUUGGUUUGGCGAUGAGGUAGAGAGUGUGACAGCGCCCGUGCGUGGAGGAUUCUGCAGACACAGGUGGAUCCCGCCGUGGAAGUAG